AUGGCUAUUACUUAAUCUUUUUUCUCUGAUACUUACGAUACCAGAUUUCCAAACUGGUGUUAUGAAAACUGUCCAUGUGAUAAUUAAUCAAUUGCCUUUUCUGCUCAUCUUAAAAUUUAAAUAAAUAAUGGUAAAUGGAAAACGAAACUUCUCUAAAUAAAAAAUGAGUUCAUAUUAACUAAUACUAAAUAAGUAAUAGAUAUCAUUAUUUUUAGAAUGACAUUAAAUGGAUAUGUUAUUUAAACUCAACAAUGAAAGUUGUGAAGAAUUCAAGAGAAUAAACAAGCACUUUAUAAUUAUUCUAAGGUCUAAGUGUUAUUUCUAUAAGUGGUGACAUUGAAAACUUGAUUAAAAUAAUAAAACGAUACACCAUUUAGGAGGAAUUUAAAAUGAAAUUCUAAUUAGUAAAGAAAUUAGGAUAGGGUGCCUUUGCAGAAGUAUUUAUUAAUUAUAAACAUUUAUUAGGUUUACUCAGCCAAGAAAAAACAAUCAGAAGAAUAUUUCGCAGUAAAAAUGUUUGAAAAAUCAUUUAUAAAUUCUAAUCUAGACAAAUAAUCAUUAUUAAAAGAGAUUAAAGUUCUAAGAACAAUAUAUCACGAUUCUACAGUUUCAUUAUUGGAAUUAUAUGAAACUUAAUGUUAUAUCUACAUAGUUAUGGAAUUACUUAAAGGUGGAAAUCUUAGUUAAUACCUUGAUAAAAAUGCUCCUCUUUCUGAGAAAUAAACAGCAUAAAUUAUAUAUAAUCUAUUGAUAUCUCUUAAUCACAUUAAUAGUUUUGGAAUCUUCCAUCGAGAUUUCAAACCUGAUAAUAUAGUAUUUCGUGAAAAAGGAAAUUUGGAUACUUUAUGUGUUACUGAUUUUGGAUUAGCUGAUUUUUAUAAUCAAGAAUCUAAAUAUUUAUUCAAUAGAUGUGGAAGUGUUGGAUUUGUUGCUCCUGAAAUUUUACGUGAUUGUGCUUAUGAUUUAAAAGUUGAUUUAUAUAGUAUUGGAAUUAUAAUGUAUUGUGCUUUGAGUGGAUCUUUACCUUUUGAAGGUAAUUCAAUUCAGAAAGUUUAAUAAAAUUAUAAAGGAGAAGUCAAAACUAGUAAUUUAAAUUUGAGUCCAAAAGGAUUAUAAUUUAUUAAUAGCAUUCUAUAACCUAAUCCAUAAAAAAGAAUAGAUUUAUAAGAAGCUUUGAUUCAUCCUUGGUUUUUGGAAUAAAAUCUAAGUAAUCUUAAAGGCUUUAAGUUAAAAAAUAAGAAAAAUUCAAUUACAAAUUAAAAUGUUGUGUUAACUCCACCAAUAUGUAAAAGUAGUCCUUUUUCUACUCCAAGAUCACCUUAAAGUCCAAUGACCAAUCCUUCCUAAUAAUCUUCCUUUCUAACAAAAAUUGCAGGAAAAAAGCUCAGUAAUUUUUAACUUGAAGAUGAUUCAACUCCAAGAGAAAAUUAGAAAAGUAAUACUCAAUGCAAUUUUUUGAAAAAAAUUGUAGUAAGAAAAUCUAUUUUCAAUCAUUUAGAACCUCUUAAGAGAUAAAGGAACCUAGAAUGAUU